AUGCGUUUGCAGGUGAUCCCCACCGACUCUCUCUCACACUUCCUCUCUGUCACAGUCAUUCUUUUUACAGGAACAAAGAAGCGCCAAUUUUCCUUAGCUUACUUUAGAGUGGCGCAAUAUCUCGCAUAUGCAACACAGGAGCUUCGAUUUUCUUCUCUUUCUUUUAUUUCUUUCUUUACUGCCCUCCUUUAUUCAUUUCUUCUUUCUUCCCUCCACUCUGUUUACUUGUUUGCUUGCUUCUUUCUUUCUUUCUUUCUUUCUUUCUUUCUUUCUUUCUUUCUUUCUUUCUUAUUCUUUUCCAUUUCUUUCCUUUUUUUUUCGUUUCUUUCUUUCUUUCUUUCUUUCUUUCUUUCUUUCUUUCUUUCUUUCUUUCUUUCUUAUUCUUUUCCAUUUCUUUCCUUUACGCGUUUGUCACCAUUUUGUUUUCUGAGUUUUUCCUUUUCUUUCUUUCUUUCUUUCUUUCUUUCUUUCUUUCUUUCUUUCUUUCUUUCUUUCUUAUUCUUUUCCAUUUCUUUCCUUUACGCGUUUGUCACCAUUUUGUUUUCUGAGUUUUUCCUUUUCUUUCUUUUUCUUUCUUUCUUUCUUUCUUUCUUUCUUUCUUUCUUUCUUUCCUUUUCUUUUCUUUCCUUUACACAUUUCUCUUAA